CUUUCAUUCUUUGCUUCAAGCAAUUUGAGCACAUUUGUUUAUGUUCAAGGAAACCGAGAACUUGAACUGACUUUAAGUUAAAUGCGUCGAAAAAGAAGAAAUAGAAAAGUCAUUUCAGUGUCAACUUGCUCUCAGAUCAAAGUGUUCUUCAGAGUUCAAAAUGUUUAUCAAUUUUCAUUGUUAUUUUUACACUUUUAUUUUUAUGAUUUUACCUUUUAAGAUUUUAAUGGUUAGUGUUGUGCCAAGACCAAUUUAUAAUAUUGCUCAUAUGGUCAACUCUAUAAAAGAAAUUAAUCUUUAUUUAAAACGUGGAGCGAAUACAAUUGAAGCGGAUGUUUCUUUUUCCCUCAACGGAACAGCGCUGUACACCUUCCAUGGAUAUCCAUGUGAUUGUUUUCGCCAUUGUACCCAGCAAGAAAAUAUUGAAAAAUAUUUAGUCUACGUCCGUGAAAUAACAAAGCCAGAGAAUGCAAAUUACAAAAAACAAUUGGUUUUACUUUUCCUUGACCUCAAGAUUUCAUCAUUACCUGCCUCUGUCAAGGCGAACGCUGGAAGGAAUUUAGCCCGAAAAGUGAUUACCAAUCUAUUUGAAUUUGGUACAACAACAUCUAAAAUUAAACUUCUCUUGUCCAUUGGUCAUGUUGAGGAUUCUGAUUUUGUGCUUGGUUUCCAAAAAGAACUAGAAAAAAGUGAAAUGAAACAUUUAAAGGAUAAAAUUGGAUGGGAUGUGGGGAUGAAUGAUGAAGUUUCGGAUGUAAUAUCAAUGUGGAAAAAGAUUAAGAUUAUUGAUAAUAUUUGGCUUGGAGAUGGCUACUCGAACUGCAUUUCACCAUUUUACAAUCUUGGGAGGUUGACUGAAGUUGUUUCUAAUCGUGAUUUAAGAAGUAAAAGGAUUCCAAAAGAUCCAAUGAUUGACAAAGUUUAUCAUUGGACAAUUGAUUUUCAUCAUAAAAUUAGAGCUUCUUUAAAACUCGGUGUUGAUGGGAUAAUAACAAAUCAUCCAGAGAGAUUGUACGCAAUACUGAAAGAACGCGACUUCAAAUAUAAAUACAGAUUAGCCACACACGAUGACGAUCCAUGGAAAAGAAUUCAACCAGAUCUGGAAGAGAAACCAGCUCCAAGUGCCACCAGUGACAUACAACCAGUUAUUUUGACAGCAAUAACCAGUGCAUCUGACAUGUUUACAUCAUUUACGAAAUAUAUGAAAUCUGGUGGAUGAAAUCACAUAUCUGUUGAGUGGUUCACUCUUUCAAACGAUACUAAUACUUUGUCUAGUUGCAGCUUGUUAAAUAACCACGGUACUCAAACUUGGAGAUGAUUCGAU